UUACCUUUCAAACGCGGAGGCGGGAGUUGGUUUCUCUGAUAUCUAUCUCUUCUAGUGGAAUGUGGAAAUAUAUUUUUGUAUAUAUAUUUACUGGUUGUAUGCACAUUGCCUUUAGUUCCCGGAGGGGAUGUGGUGAAGGCUCAUGGCUUGCUUGAUUAAAAAGGGCAAUGUUUGCUCUCCCGAAACAACAGUGUCUUCCCUGCUGGCUAAUGGUAGCAUUCAUAGCAGCAACAGCAGCAGCUCCCUCAACGCCCACACCUCCAUUCAGUACAAGGACAAGUUGUACAGGUCUGCAUCUCAAGCUCUAGAGGCAUACAUUGAAGAUUUUGAUCGCAGUCUCAUCUCGCCGGAUCAAAGGCCUGGGAAAAUCUGGAUUACUCAGAGUACUCUCAGAGAUGCCAGGCCUUUGGACGACAUUGUCAAGCACAAAUACGCUUUAGAGAACCUAAAGCACCAUGCAACAUCAGGUUCAGCUGCUCCACAUCUGAGAAGAAGAACUGCGUAUGAGCUGGAUCUGCUCAGUCUCACUACAGAUGACCUUCUGACAUUCCCUGCCGAUGGUUCUGCUUCUUUCACCCAGUCUUCUGCCUUUAGGUCAGGUCUUCUGGGCAGCAACCUGAACAGAAAGUCACUGUCAACUUCAGCUUCCUGUUUUUCUCACCGGACUCCAUCCUUUGGCCAUAAAGAAGAACUGAAUUUUCCAGAAAAACCUGUUUCCUCUUUGCAUGCAGACUCUAGUGGAAAACUGUACGCAAAAAAUACAUUUCACAAAUAUGAUUCUGGGCUUCCUGGGAAGGAUCCGCCAAUAGAACAAGACACAGAGUUUGUUUCUCAUAACAACUAUCCACGGUGGCUCACGAGUGACAAAUCCGAUCUGCAUAUUUCAGGUCUAAGCAGCAUUCCUGAUUUUAAGUAUCCAACCUGGCUGAAGAGUCAUCACCUUUUGUCAGACUCAAGCAAUGAAAGUUCUACCCUGCCGCAUGCUGAGGAGAAUAAUCCCACAUCUGUGCAAGAUAGGAAGAAACAGUUAGGGAAUCAAACUCAAAAUAGGUCAAAUAUUUUUGGCAAUAAUUUAUUAGACAUGGAAUAUAAGCAAGAUGUUAGAAACACCUGCCAGAGUGUUCGUUUUAUACCUCAAGCCUCAAAAAAGCACAUACCUCUAUUUACAGAUGAUGAUGUUGACUUAUUACUUCGCAAGGCAUGGAGAACUCUAGAAUCAUCUGCUGAGGAAUUAACUAGUGCCCAGAAAAAUAAUGGCAGCCCUUGUACAGUGGAUGUGCUGGAAAGAGAGAGAUCAUGGGAUAAUGGCCCAAUUGGUUUGAAAUCUCCAGUGCCGGUGUGCUGUGAGGAGGAAAAGUCUCUUCCAAGCCCCAAAGUGGGUAUUGUGAAAGGGUUUUUGGAAGAUUGUUUAAAGAACAGCAGCCAGGAGAGUACAUUUUCUGGAGGGAAUCAUCAUGGGCCUGUGGAAGCUUUGAAGCUAAUGCUAUUUAAUCUUCAAGCAGUUCAACACAGCUUUAACCAGAACAAAACUACUGGACAAAAUGAGGAAUUGAAAAAUACUUUUGAUGAUGGUGCAGAAUUUAAUGAUGAUGAUGAUACCAUGCCUGUAAGACAGUCUCUUCAGAGGGCUUUGCAUCAUCUAUCUCGGCUCAAAGGCCUGGUUGAAGAUACAGAUUACAAAGAAGAAGAACUUACCAAAACCUGAAGCAUAGAUUCUCAGAACUCUGUGUAUAAGAUAAAUGUAGCAUCACUAAUGCCAUUGAGUGCUAUGGAAACAAAAUCUUAGGGCAGUCUAAUUGUCACAUUGACACACUUCAGAGACUUUAAAAGAAGCAUUUUAAUAACUCUUCAAUGUUUAAAUAAAUGCAUCUAAAACAGACAUGCAUAAAUAGCACUUGGAGCUGACUGGAGGCUAAUGGUAUUUUCCACAACAGAAAACAUCUGAACUUCAGAAAAAAUUAGAAGAACUGUUCUAGCCCUAUAUAAAGGGUCAGGUGAUAUUUGUACUUCCUUCUCUUCCUGGUUCUAAAUUUAUAUCCUGCAUCACAGUCAAUUUUCAAUAUCUUUUCUACUUUGUGUAGCACACUGGUGGCUGUUGCUCAGGAAGAAAACAAAUGUAAAGCCCCCAGUUGAGUUCAAGGAGUUUGUUUCACAGAUUGUUUAUAAUUUGUGGCAACAAGGGCCUACACACUGAGUGGAAAGAGUAUCACACCAACAGAAAUAGAUUGCUUGUUCUCAUGCCAUGGGAAUUGGCUCAGGAAAUGAAAGUUUUGUUAUAAUAGUAUUGCAGUACUUGCUUUUAUUAAUCAAUGUUGAUUAUACAGAGAUUAACUGAACUGAGAUGCCUUACUGAGUGUCAGUGCUAGAAAGCCUUUUCUUUGAAUAUAGGUAUUUUUCCUGCCCUUCUAAUUAAGCUUAGUAUCAUAAAAUUAGAUUUCCACAUAGAAAAAAAAACAUAUUCAAGAUGUUUAAGAUGACACAUUUCAGUUCUCUGGGAAACUGCAAGAUUCAAACUGUGAUGUCUUAACACUUUCUGCUUUCAAGUGCCAUGCUAUGUAUGAACGGUUUUUGUACGGAAGAGAAUUCAGAUAUUUUUCUUAAGAAUGAGGAUAGCUAAAACAAAGGACAAGUACGUUCAAUAUUUCUAUAAGGAUAUCAUUAUGAAAUAAAUAGGAAGUACUGGAAUUUUUUUUGGGGGGGGGGGGGGAAGCAGAUUCUGGAAGAGUAAAUAUAUAGAGCCGGGCAUCAACCACAUAAGUAGGAAAUAGCUCAAACUUUCAUUACAUUACAUUCCAAAAUCACCCCUAAGGAAAAGUGCUAAGAACUUUAUGUUGUGUUCUAGUGAUGCAUUUGAUAAUGACAGCUGCCUCAAAUGCUGCCACACAGUGUAUGAAUGAGGGUGCAGAUAACUUAUUCACUUAUGAGGCUGUAAUUUGAUAGAGAAAUUGUCAGGCUGCCUCUAAACUGCAUACAGAGUCACAUCAUUACAUCUGCCAUCUUUCAGAAAAGGUACAAUACAAACAAACUAGGAUCACAGGCUGUAAAUCUAAGGCUGAAACUUUAGGUGUGUUCAUUAUGGGAGGAAAAACUCCCUUGUAAGGAUACAUUGGGUUGCACUAAGUUCCUAACAACUAAUGUUUAGGAAUGUGCAGAAUGUGCAUUCCUAUUCAGUCAAAAAGAAUUCAGGGAUCUUAAACUUGUGCACGUUGAAAAUAUACCCAAACACCAAGCAGUAGCAUCAGUUUAUUACAAAAAAGAAAAACAAUCCCAGUAGAGUUGGAACAACUAAUGAAGUGAAAGCACACCAUCCUAAACAAAAAAUAUUUAGCUCCUGAAACUUCUAAAGGCACUUUUAUGAUUCUAAGAUCUUGUAGGAUCAUUGAAAUUCCUGAAGAAAGUUUUUCAAAGCUCUUCCUUCAUUUUCCUCAGACCAUUACAUCUGAUGUGAAUGUUGAAUUCAAACUUAAACCGAGUUAAAUGUUUGAUUACAUUUUCCAUGGCAUUCCUUAAAUGCAAUCUGAAAAACAGCCUUUUCCUCAAAGUUAUAUAUGAUUCUUUUCUGACAUUUUAAUUAUUUUUUGGGAUCCAAGUGGAGUAUACUUAAGCACUAUUAUCUGCUUAAGCACUUUUUCUCUCCCAAAAAUGCACUGCAACUAUUAAGCUUUACAGUUUCUCAUACUUGCAGUUGACAGCAUAAAUGAUAUGUUAAAUUAUAGAUUUUGGAAGAGGCCAAAGGAUAAGCAGUGAACCAAGAGAUAAGUAUUUCCAAGAGAUAGCAGCCAAUCUCUGUGAGGCCUCCUGGGAAGGAACGCCCUUCAAGUUAUAUGGUACAUUUUGAGUUUCCCUUAUCUAAAUAUCUGAAAUUUUAAAUACUCCAAAAACAGAAAGUUUUGCCACCAGCUGCCCACUUUUGCCUUUGGGGAAAGGGGCUGCGAGAUCAGACAGAAUUAAAAAGAAUCAAGGACAGGGCAAGGAAGUUUCCCUUCCUGGCUACUUUGCUAAAAGGGUGGAAAGUGCUGAGAGCCAAGGAAGUGUCUGGGAUAUUUGCUUUCUCCAAGGGCCUUGUGUUAGUGAAGUCUUCCCCUUCUCUCUCUGUCUCUCCCCCCCCCCCCCCCCAAAAAAAAAAUCAAGAUUCCGUGCUGGAAGGGUAACUAGCCUCUAGCCCUCAUUCACUAAUAUAUGCAAAUAGAGGUAAUCUAAAAUCUAAAUUAAUCCAAAAUCCUUCAGUUCUCAAGCAUUUUAGAUGAGGGAGAUUAAAAAUGUACCACAUAACUUGAAGGUCUUGCCUCAAAGUUGCACUGUUUGUCCAAACAUUUUAUAGGAAUCUUAUGUCUUGUCAUUUGAAAAUAUUGUUUUGGUUCUUACUCUUUAAAGGCUAAGGGGCAUGUGCAAUUCAACCUGGAACUAUUGUUUUGGGGCUCACCAUUUGAAGGCUAAAUUCAUACACAAUGUAAUGUGUUGAAAUUUUAAACUCAAAAUAUUUAUCUGGAAUUUGGUUGAACGAAUAAAAGACAACUUGUGUUUCAUUCUAA